AUGCACCAUCUUUAUAGCCGAUCAUUAAUUAUAUGGAUUUUAUGCUUAUUGAUUAUCUUUGAAGAAGCUUCUUCAUCAAGAUUACGUGCACCUGGUAUAAGAGUAUCAGCAUCAUUUCAAAAGCCAACUCCCUGUCAUAAGAAAAAAGCUCAUGCCGAUAACAACAGCAGAGUGACAGUUCCAAAUGAAUCAAUGGCAUCACAUGUUCGUGUAACAGCGAAGGGUUGUAAAGCAUAA